CCAGCGGAGUUGCGGCGGCCGCGAGGUUCCCGGCAGUGCGGCCCCGGCGCGGAGCUGGGAGCCUCGGCCAGCGCCCGGCGCCCGCGCCCCCGACCCGCAGCCAUGGAGCCCGGGGCGCCCGGCGCGGCCCUGACCCUCUGCCUCUGGCUGCUGGCCUGCGGGGGCUGCCUGGCCGGCGGCCCCGGCGCCGCGGCGGCUCGGCGGCUGGACGAGUCCCUGUCGGCCGUGAGCGUCCAGCGGGCGCGCUGCUCGUCCAGGUGCCUCAGCCUGCAGAUCACGCGCAUCUCCGCCUUCUUCCAGCACUUCCAGAACAAUGGUUCCCUGGUUUGGUGCCAGAAUCACAAGCAAUGUUCUAAGUGCCUGGAGCCGUGCAGGGAGUCGUGGGACCCAAGGAAGCAGCAGUGCCAGAGCUUCUGUGAGCCUCUGUUCCCCAAGAAGAACUACGAAUGCUUGACGAGCUGUGAGUUCCUCAAGUACGUCCUGUCGGUGAAGCAGGGGGACUGCCCGGCCCCUGAGAAGGCCAGCGGGUUCGCCGCCGCCUGUGUGGAGAGCUGUGAAGCCGACAGGGAGUGCUCCGGGGUGAAGAAAUGUUGUUCGAACGGGUGUGGACACACCUGCCAGGUGCCCAAGACCCUGUACAAAGGGGUGCCCCUGAAGCCCAGAAAAGAGUUACGAUUCACAGAACUACAGUCUGGACAGCUGGAGGUUAAGUGGUCCUCGAAAUUCAACAUUUCCAUCGAGCCCGUGAUCUACGUGGUGCAAAGGAGGUGGAAUUACGGAAUCCAUCCUAGCGAAGACGACGCUACGCAGUGGGAGACGGUGGCCCAGACCACCGAUGAGCGGGUCCAGCUGACGGACAUACGACCCGGCCGGUGGUACCAGUUCCGAGUGGCAGCUGUCAACGUGCACGGGACCCGUGGCUUCACGGCCCCCAGCAAACACUUCCGCUCCUCCAAAGACCCGUCUGCACCCCCUGCCCCGGCCAACCUCCGGCUUGCAAAUUCCACCAUGAACAGUGACAACACUGUGACCGUGGCUGUGGUGUGGGAUCUCCCCGAGGAACCAGACAUCCCCGUGCACCACUACAAGGUGUUUUGGAGCUGGACAGUCAGCAGCAAAUCCCUUGUCCCCACGAAAAAGAAGCGGAGGAAGACCACGGAGGGGUCCCGGAAUUCCGUGCUCCUGGACCGACUGCAGCCGGACUGCGGCUACACCGUGGAGCUGCAGGCCAUCGCGUACUGGGGGCAGACGCGCCUGAAGGGGGCCAAGGCCUCCCUGCACUUCACGCCCGCGCGCAGCGCCGGCCACAAAGAGCAACUUGGGAAAACGGGAAAGAGCGCGACGCACGUGCAGCCCCCUUUCCAACGACGACGGCCCGCGCGGCUCCUGGAAAUCGGAGCCCCCUUUUAUCAAGACAACCAACUGCAGGUGAAGGUCUACUGGAAAAAGACCGAAGAUCCCAGCGUCAGUCGGUACCAUGUGCAGUGGCUCCCGGAGGUCUGUGCCCAGAACUGGAGCAGCGCGGCCGAGGCCUCCUCCAGCAUCACCCAGGACAACUACAUCAUUCUUCAAGAUCUGUCGUUCUCCUGCAAAUACAAAGUGACCGUGCAGCCCACGCGACCCACUGGCCACCUGAAGGCAGAGACGGUUUUCUUUACGACGCCGCCGUGCUCCGCCCUGAAGGGGAAGAGCCACAAGCCCGUUAGCUGCCCCGGAGAGCCAGGUCACGUGCCAGCCAAAGUGCUCGCCAAGCCCGAAAACCUCUCUGCCUCGUUCGUCAUCCAGGACGCCAACAUCACGGCCCACUUCUCCUGGAAGAUGGCCAAGGCCAACCUCUACCAGCCCAUGACCGGCUUUCAAGUGACCUGGGCCGAGGUCACAACCGAGAGCAGACAGAACAGCUUGCCCAACAGCAUCAUCUCCCGCUCGCAGAUCCUGCCUUCGGACCAUUACGUCCUUGCGGUGCCCAACCUGAGACCGUCCACGCUGUACCGACUGGAAGUGCAGGUGCUGACCGCGGGAGGCGAAGGCCCGGCCACCAUCAAAACCUUCUGGACACCAGACCUCACGCCGCCCUCCGCGCACAGACCCCAUCUGAAAGCUCGGCACCCCCACCACCACCCGCCUUCUCCGGAAAGACACUAAACGGUUCCAACAAGCGUCUGAGAGUCGUAGAUCGAGCGGGCGGGUGGAGCUGCGCGGCGACGACACACGGCUACAAGGGCAGCGGCCGCCCCGCAUGACCUCCCUCCCCCGUGUGACCUUGUGCCCCGGGUCCCUCUGCCCAUCUCGACGCAGGUGGAAAGGAGUGACACACGGCCACCGGUGGGGGUGGACACUACUUCCCAGAAUGGAGGAAAUGAGGCCCCCGCGCAGGAAAUCCCCGUACCCGCAUCGGCGCGCACGCACGGAUCUCCAUGGGACGGCCGCACAGCGAGAGCUCCCGGACCUGCAGCCGCGCGUGCUCGGAACACAUCUGUGUAACACACGCAGGGCACACUCGUACCGAGCGUGACGUCCGUCAAUAAAACGUUUUUAAAAGUUAAAUGAUUGCUUUGAUUUGCAAAAUCACGUAAGGGGACGCAGUCUGUAAGCCCGACGUAGUCACAGCGUUUAUCUGACGAUUCGUACCGUGUGACUUACUCCCACCCUCCAAUACAGAGCAGUCAAGUUCCCUCUGCCACCGUCCACACCCGCAGCCCAAGCCCCGUUCUCACUGAGGCCAACGAGCAGCGCGUGUGCGACCCGCGUCUUACGAGGGGCUCCCGGAGCAGGCCGCGUCCAGCGAGUUCGCCGCUGUCCGUCAGGCUUGGAGAAAUCAGAAUGCUUUCCCGGGGAUGCGUUUUCAUGCUUCCUCCUAGAAAAGGACAGGCCUCCCUGAUACAUUUUCUUAUUUCUUUUUCCUUUUUCCCUCCAUGCAGAAAAGAGCUGCCAUUCUCCUUUGUUUCACCGUGUCCUGCAUCUCACGAUGUACAAAAGCUCCUGCUUAAAGUGAGAAUCCCAGCCGUGGAGUGUUGUGCACUCUCUCCCGAGAUUCGCCUUUCCUUCAUCACAGGAAGCAAAGUGAACGCUAGAAUAUUCUCGGGAACGUGGGACAGGGCCGGGCGGAUAGAGGAGAGCGCUUUACUUGCCUUUUUCUUCCGAAUCCAUCCUGUGGGACCACCUGGCUCCAAACCAGCUUUCCCAGCGUGGACCCGGGUCAGAGCCCGGCCUCCGUCCGCGGUGCCACCGAGCACUGGUGCAGCCUUACACCCGGAAAUGCUGUCUCAUCCAGGCUUUUCUUGAGGGAACGUCCGCAGAUGUGGUGUGGAAUUCGCAGCUGUGUGUGUGCGCGUGUCUGUGCGCGCGUGCACACACACACACACCUUCAGUGUGACUCACUGGGGGAAUCUCUUGACAGCUCCCCGUGGUGUAGACAGACCCGUUCUCGUGAACGGGAGGGUCACGUGUCUGCCGUCGGUGCUCUCUCCGGAGGAAAGCACCGUGUAGCCGCCUCCCAGCACCUUGCAGGAAGGUCUUCCUCCUCUCUGCGCAGCCACGGCGGCCGGGGAGAGCUCUGGGGCCGCGCUCCUGGGCUGUGCGCCUGGCACCGGGUAUUUGUGGGUUUCUGGAAGCGCGCGGACACAGGGACGGCUCGGAACUCCUCCACGCACGAGUUCUGAAGGCAAAUGUGCUAGAAAACGGAGACAGAGGAUUUUUAUGAUCAGACGGAUGUGAAUGUUAGGGAAACGCAGUCUGUACGCAUGGACACGUGGAAACAGAGUUGCAACUGUCCGCUGUGCAGCCAAGACUUCCGGCGAAGACGCUCGCGGUUCUGCAGCUCCGCACCAGGGACGCCCGUGGGAAAGGCCCGCCCGAAGGUGCCCGGGCUUCCCAGCGCUCGAGCAUGGAUCUCUUGACGCAGUCGGGACGGGCCGCACGGCGUGCCCCGGAGUCACCUGCUUCCCCAAGGAACGAACAGGACCUCCCCUCGUUUCCAACCGCCCGAGCUGGACCCAGCAGCACAGGUACCUUCACGGAAACCAGGACUCAGCCAGUGCCAGGAACCCCAUCUGAAUGUCAGAUUCUCAAAUUUUCACCAACAAAGACAUCGAAUAUUGGCCACAAGGUUAUCUUUACCCUGAACUUGUCACGAACAAAUCCAAUAUUUGUGUCCACAAAUGUUUGUGCCGUUGUAUCGUUCAAAAUGCAGGAGUGUACACAGAGACAUGAAAUGUUACUAAAUUAUUCUGUAAGUUUGAGUUUAUAAAGUUUAAUUGUGAGUCUUUGGGCAAUAGACAACGAGAAAAUACAUUUUCAGUCUGGAAGAAGGUUCCGAAGCUUAGAGCCUCCUUUCAAACUUGAAAGCCACUCCUGUGAGCGCCGAAUUUUGCGAUAACAAAAUUUUAAUUUUUCACGUUAUUGGAAGAAAACUAUUAAUUAGAUGAUUAAGGACACAGGAGUUUAUGAAUUCAAGUGACUUUCAAUAUGCAAAUUGGCCAUAUAUCAUUACAUUUUUUUUCUUUGAUUUUAAAAAUUUGAGUGCCCUAAUGAAAAGGACACAAACUAUGCUUUGUUUUCUCUAAACACUGUUAGUGGCUCGUCUCCAAUAUGUCUUAUUAAAAUGAAACGCGUCUCUCUCAUAGGAGAAAAAAUACAUUUGGGGAAAAUACGUAGUCUUAACAGUUGAGCCCAUCGAGAAUACCAAGUGCUGAGAUCCCAGGGGUUAAGUCCGUACUCACCACAGUUCCUCCCCGUCCGCCUGCAGCCUGCGGUCUCUCGGGGAAAAGGACCCGCUCCCUGUCCUAAGCGGGGGCUCUGCACGUGCCUCUUACGGGAAGCGUGUGCCCUUUCGAGUCCUUCUUGGUGUCAGUAGGACAUAUUAGAGACAGUGGAACUGACGACAGGCUGUACUUUAAAAAGACGAUUAAGCAAAGUUCAAGUGUAAAGACGCAUCCAUGUGCUGGGAACCUAGAUGAACCCGUAAGUGAUUGUGCAGAAAAGGCUGUGUCCACGUCGGCGCAGGUGGUGGGGAGGGGUGGGGGUCACCGUCCUUCCGGGGCGCCGUGAGCACCGUAGAGCACCCAGCGGUGGCCCUGGCCUCACCCACCACGUGCCAGGAGGACCCGCCCAUGUUGUGACAAUCCACAAUUCUCCGCACGCUUCCCACUCGCCCCUGGCGGAUGAGGUCCCCCAUCCCAGCUGAGAACCCGUGCACCAGAGAGGGGGGGAAUUUACUAAACUCGGGAGAACCUGCCUUGUCGGCAGGACCCAGGAGCCCAGGAGUCCGUCCCGGGAGCCAAGCUGGGAACUUGACUGCAAAGCCCUGAAUUAUGUCUCUUAUCGUGUCCCUGAAAAACCUGAUGGGCAGACUGAGUUCGGACGUGCCUUUCUGUCACCCGAGCACAGAUACUUAAUCCUUUCUGCCGGUCGGCAUCUCUAACGAUAAGGACUUAUUGAUUUAAGGCCCUUGCCGACGCCUUGGGCCGUGGAUUUACUAAUUACUCAUUCCCACGACUGCAAAUAGCUCUGCCUCGUUCCAGAAACCCUUGCGCUGUCCCCAGCACACAAAGCCUACAUACGUGUUGCAUGUAUUUCUAGUUCAUUUAAAAUAAUAGCUGUGUAAAGACAGUGACGCUCACCUACGGUUGUGCAUGGCCGGACUCCGUUUCUCACCUCUCCUGAGUCUUGUAGCACGUUACGCAAUUCAGAGUGAUUAACCGAGAUCUGUCUGGAACUGACCCGUUAACGAUGCCGUCGCGUGCGGAUAACGCAGCGGCUACCUUCUCAUCCCCAUGGCCUGGAGAGACCUCGUCUCUUCUACUGGUCGUGUCAAGUCAAUAUUUAUUUAUGGAUGUAAUAAAAAAAAAAAGUUCGAUUUUCGUGUGUGUCUGUCAUGCUCUUCAGAGAGAAGUAAUCUUGUAAAAACUUUUGUAAAAACGGAAAAGUAUUGUACAUAGUCUGCUACCCUGUUACUCCUUGUUUUCACGUGAGGGUGUUCUGUACAUACUGAUUCAGUAAUAAAGGAUCCUUAAACCUGC